AUGGAAGGUAAAAAGCAACAAAAGCAUUUUGUUCUAGUACAUGGUGUUUGCCAUGGAGCUUGGUGCUGGUACAGGCUACAAUCCCUGCUGGAGGCGGAGGGCCACCGCGUCACGGCGAUUGACCUUGCAGCCUCCGGCAUCAACCCGAAAAAACUAGAUGAGCUUUGCACAUUUUCCGAUUAUACACAGCCAUUAUUCGAGGUAAUGGAGUCGAUUCCACCAUACGAAAAGGUAGUCCUAGUUGGGCAUAGUCUUGGUGGCAUGAACAUGGCUUUCGCAAUGGAGAAAUAUCCUCACAAGAUUUCUGUUGCUGUUUUUAUUACGGCUAUCAUGCCUGAUACUGUACAUAGGCCAAGCUAUUUUCUUGAACAGUGUAUGGAAUAUUCCUCGGAUGAAGAUUCUAUGGACAAUCAAAUCAUUCCAUUUGGUAAACCCGAAGAUCAUCUCGUAGCAAUGCUCUUUGGUCCACAGUACACAUCAUCCAAGCUAUAUCAACUAUGCCCUUCUGAGGUAACAAAUAAUAUAGAGUGGAACCAACGAGCAGCAAUAGUGAAAGAGAUUAAAGACCCUGACCACAUGGCAAUGAUCUCAAAGCCCCAUAAACUUUGCCAAUAUGUAUUGGAUAUAGCUUUGGAAGGCAAAGGCCCUCGUCCCAGCCUCGCAGAGGAUUUUAUUGCCCUAUCCCUGCCUCAAUCCCCGCUUAAAGAGAUUGAGCCAUUGCAGCCUCGGAGUUGUGAAGCUCCGGCGGGAGACGAUGGUCCAGAGGAAUUGGGAGGUUCUGGUGGCGGUGGUGAGUCGGGAGGGAGAGGGAUUUGGGGCGAGCGAUUAGGGCUUCUGAAGUGA